CAUUACUUUUCCGAGAUUCCAUUUUCCGGAUUGCUGGGCCACGAGAAAUACUUGUUGAUUCGGAGGACGAAGAUUUUUUAUCGUAGCGUGAUAUCCGUAUUUCUUUACGCCAAAUUUGUUAGUACGAGCGUGAAAAGAAGCACACCAUGUUCAACGUACGCCUGAAGCCUCCCGCACUCCUGAAGAAUGUGCUUGACACGGUGAAGGACCUUCUGACCGAGGCGAUUUUCGAAUUCUCAGAAUUGGGGAUUCGGAUUCAAAUGAUAGACAACGCACACGUCUCUGUGAUCUCGUUGACCCUCGAGAGUGACAGUUUUGACGAAUACUGGUGUGAUGGAGGACGACGGUUAGGGAUGAAUAUCCGGUGCCUGUCAAAGGUCCUGCAACGCACUGAUGCGGGAGACAUAGUGGAUCUUAGAGCACAUUCCGAAUCUGUCGAAGUUGUAUUCCUAUCAUCGAAGAAAGAGGAGGAGAUCAAAUACGAAAUGGAAUUAAUUAACAUAGAUUAUAUACCACAGAACAUGUACCUGAACCAGAACAUAUAUGAUAUCUCGUACUCUUACAUCGUGAAAAUGCCAACCGCAGAAUUCAUCCACAUAUGCAGAGAUCUGAGCCAGUUGGGAGAAUCUAUAACUUUUGCAUGCAGCAAAGGAAGUAUCAAGUUCAGUGCGUCCGGUGAUAACACCUCAGCUAACAUCCAAGUAGAGCAGACUGCGGACGCGGAUAAUGAAGAAAAAUCGGUAGUAAUUCAGAUGGAAGAUUAUCAAUCACCAAUGAAGUUUACAUUUCCGUGCCGUUAUCUGAAUAAUUUUCCAAAAAUUGAUCUUCUCUGCAACCAAAUUCAGCUGUCCAUAUCUGACAAGGUGCCUUUAGUCUGUGAAUACAAGAUGACACAUGUGAAAAAGUCUAAGAAAAGGAAUAUUGGAUCCAUCAAGUAUUACCUGUUGCCAAAGAUCUACGACGAGGAAAAAAAUAACGAUGUAGAAAUUAGAUAUUCGUAUGCAACUAACCUGUAAUUAAUGGUACUGUAUUGUGUCGUUUCGGAAAAUUUUGUCCUAUUAUAGCGUUCGACAUGUAUAGCAUCAUCUUGAAAUUUAUUAUGCUGAAUUAUUAUUUGAAAUAAAUAUAUUUGACGAAAAUUUAUUUUAAAUAAUAAUUCAGCAUAAUAAAUUUCAAGAAGAUGAUGCCAUACAUGUAUUUUACCAAUCAAAAAAAUUAAAUAAUCUGUUAUAUAUAUAUAUAUAUAUAUAUAUAUAUAUAUAUUGAAGUACAAAUAAGGCGAAGAGAAUUAAAGGUACUUUUAAGAUAAUAUAUUAUUUUAAUUUUAGAUUUAAAUGUUAUUUUUGAUUCAUCACAGUACUAGCGCAAUGCAGAAUUGACACUACUAAAUUUAUAGCAGAGUAACACGAUUAGUAUAGCGAAAUGGUGUCAUCCUUUUAAUCAAUAUUCACAUUAUUAAUGUUCCGAUAGACUGUGACAGUAUUUUGAUAUUACAUUAAUUGUUCCCUUUUUUUUACAUGUAAGAAGAGCUCAAUAUAUUUUCAAAAAAUUUGAUAAAUUUUGAA